AUGGCGUCCAGCGAGGAGGACCGAGCCGGCGGCGGCGGCUCGCCGGGGGAGAAGGCGGCCGGCCCGAAGGCGCGGCGGUGGCGCGGCGCGGUGGCCACCGCCUGGCUCAUCUUCUACAACAUCGCCAUGAGCGCGGGGUGGCUGGUGCUAGCCAUUACUAUGGCACGAUUUUACUUGGAGAAUGGAACACACAAAGGCAUAUACAAAAGCAUUCAAAAGAUACUUAAAUUUUUCCAGACUUUUGCUUUGCUUGAGAUAGUCCACUGUGCAGUUGGAUUAGUGCACACCUCUGUGCUUGUGACUGGGGUCCAAGUGAGUUCCAGAAUCUUCAUGGUGUGGUUCAUUACGCAUAGUAUAAAGCAGAUCCAGAACGAGGAGAGCGUUAUUCUUUUUCUGGUGGUAUGGACUGUGACAGAGAUCACUCGAUAUUCCUUCUACACAUUCAAUAUGCUCAACCACUUGCCAUACUUCAUAAAAUGGGCCAGGUACAAUUUUUUCAUCAUUUUAUAUCCUGUGGGAGUUGUCGGUGAACUUCUAACUAUUUAUGCUGCCUUACCUUAUGUGAAGAGAUCAGGCAUGUUUUCAGUGAGGCUUCCCAACAAGUAUAACGUCUCUUUCGACUAUUACUACUUCCUGCUCAUCGUCAUGGCCUCCUAUGUACCAUUGUUUCCACAAUUGUACUUCCACAUGCUACGUCAGAGAAGAAAAGUGCUUCAUGGUGAAGUGAUUGUAGAAAAGGACGAUUAAAACAACCCUGUAAUCCUAGUGAAGUUUUUUUUCAGAGUAACAAACCAAAUCUAUAUUGUGUUGCACAAGUCCAAGUUUGAAGUCAUGGAACAAGACUAACUAGUGCACAAAAUAAGUCUAGAUCAUACUAUUUUGUAACAGCAGUAUUUUCAGAAUUCACUUUUCAACUUUGUGUUUUCC